CACAAUAAGCGGGAUAGCAGUUUUCCCUGAAAUAGCUACUGAGCGAUGAGAAUACAUAGUAGAUCGUGGAAUCUACGAAAAUCAGUCAUCGUUAUCAUGAGGAUGCAGCCAUCGCCCUAUAGAAAUUGGCUGGUGAAACUCGUCAAUACUCUAACGACCAGCUGAUCCAAUGGCUCGGACGUCUUAAGACUCCCAGAGUCUCUCCGCCAGUAUCUACAAUGCCCUACUGAGUUUCCAAAAACAGCCCAGGCAUUGUACACCCUCAUGAAAUGUCAAAUCACAAUAUUUCCAUAUGGGAAUCUCUCAGUCCACUACUCUCAACCCACUUGGUAGAUAUCCGCCCGGAGUCCCUGUAUGAAAAAAUGAUGGGGCCCAGGAAUUCGGCGACGAGGGGGUUACUGUAUGGAGCUGAGUAUUUCCUUCCAUCAUAUGUUGCGCGGCUUGGGGUUCGACGUAUACAUGACCGGAGUCAGAAAUCGGAGCCGACCGGAUGGGGUACCUGGCGGGGACUACCUUGGUUGGACUCACAUUGUCAAUAUUGUCCAUCUCCCGUCGGGCGAAAGGUUGUCUCUUGACGUUGCCUCGGAGGGGAUGGGCCGACAAGCCCGCUUCCGAUGAAUGAUCUAAGGAGAGGGACUUCCAAUCUAGGCCCACAGCAGAUUCGCCUCAUUCACGAUACUAUCUCUAAAAAACAACUUGACACUCGAAAGCUCUGGAUAUAACAAUAUCGUAACGGGGACGACAAGGAAUGGAACUCGUUCUACAGCUUCUCGGAGAUCGAGUUCUUCCAGGAGGACUUCGAGGUGAUGAACUGGUUUGCCAGCGCAAAGACACUGCAUAGGUGGACGGUUUGGUAGUACGCUUUCUUCGGGCAGGAGAGUCCUAUCUUUGAUGAAAGGGCAGCAACGCAGAGUUUGUUAGAUGCGGAAAAUUUUGGCAAGGUCAUGCUUAUUAACAAUGUGGUUAAAGUGAACCUCCGGGGAAAGACAAAUUGUAUAUUCAUUUGAUACGGAGAGUGGACGGAUGAAGGCCUUGCGAGAUAACUUUAGAAUUGACUUAACCCGUGGCCAACGAGAUAGCAUUCAAGGAUGGGAUAUGGCUCUAAAAUAGCGAGAAUGUCUCUGCCAGAAUCAAUGGCGACUUGGUAAUACAUCACCAUGGACAACAGAGCUUGAAGGGAAUGACCUUCCCGUUCAAGUAGAGGGGUUGUGAUAACGACGCAAGGGUCUAUUACUCCAUGAGCAUGAUUCUGGCGGAUGGCUCAGCAGGC